AUGAUCUGGGGAAGCAACCUUGACCUCGCGCCUUGGAGCGUAGCGCGUCCACCCCUGCUCGCCCCUCGGCUGCUGCCGACUCUGCGAUCUCUGCUUUUGCUGCUGCUGCUGCUGCUGCUGCUCCCGGUGUCGGCGCCGCUGGCCGGGCGCGCGGAGAAACUAGGUGAUGGAUGUGGGCACAUGGUGACUUACCAAGACAGUGGCACAUUGGCAUCCAAGAAUUAUCCAGGGACUUAUCCCAAUCAUACCAUAUGUGAAAAGACCAUUACAGUCCCUCAGGGGAAAAGACUGAUUUUGAGACUUGCAGAUGUGGAUAUUGAAUCUCAGACCUGUGAAUCCAACUACUUGCUCUUUGUCAGUUCCUCAGCUCAACAUGGUCCAUAUUGUGGAAGUAUGACUAUUCCCACAGAAUUCUACUUGGACACAAAUGAAGUGACUGUUCGCUUUGAGAGUGCAUCCCACAUUUCUGGGCGCGGAUUUUUGUUGUCUUACGCCAGUAGUGAUCAUCCAGAUUUAAUAACAUGCCUGGAUCGUGCUAACCAUUUUUCAGAGACUGAAUACAGCAAAUUCUGUCCAGCUGGCUGCAGAGACAUAGUAGGCGAUAUCUCUGGGAAUGUGGUAGAUGGAUACAGAGAUACCUCCCUAUUGUGCAAAGCGGCAGUUCAUGCAGGAGUGAUCGCCGAUGAACUGGGAGGCCAGAUCAGCGUGCUUCAGUCCAAAGGGAUAAGCCGGUACGAAGGAAUCCUGGCCAAUGGCAUCCUCUCCAAGGAUGGUUCUCUGUCAGAUAAGCGAUUUCUGUUUCCUUUUGAUGGUUGCAGUAAAUCCCUGAGUUUGAAAUCUUCCAGGCAAAUCACCGCUUCUUCCUCUUGGCAAUGGAUCAAUGAAAAUGGAGAAGUGGUUCAUUGGUCUCCUGGCCAGGCAUGGCUCCAGGACCAAGGGCCAUCGUGGGCUUCAGGAGAUACUGGCACCAACCACAAAUCUGAGGAGUGGCUGGAAAUAGAUUUAGGAGAGAAAAAGAAAAUAACAGGGAUUACGACUGCAGGAUCCACCCAAACAAAUUUCAACUUUUAUGUUAAGUCUUUUGUGAUGAAUUUCAAAAAUCUCAACUCCAAGUGGAAGACCUACAAAGGAAUUGUGAACAAUGAAGAAAAGAUAUUUCAAGGCAACUCUAACUUUAGAGACCCUGUACGGAACAAUUUCAUCCCUCCCAUUGUGGCCAGAUACAUAAGGAUUAUUCCAAAGACCUGGCACCAGAGAAUUGCUCUGAAAGUGGAACUGAUUGGCUGUCAGAUUACACAAGGUAAUAAUUCAUUUGUGUGGCAUAAGCCAAGUCCAAGUACAGGUGUCUCAGUUGGGAAAGAAGAUAAGACUCUCACAAAACCCAUCCCCUCGCCUGAAGAAGAAAGAGGUAUAAAACAGAGGACUAUAAUCAUUCCGUUGGUGCUUUUUGUGACCUUACUCGUAUUUGGAAUGGGUAUUUUUGCUGCUGUGAAAAAAAAGAAGAUGAAAGGAAAUCCUUACGGGUCAGCCGAGGCACAGAAAACAGGAUGCUGGAAGCUGCUUAAACAGCCUUUUGUCAGACGUCAGUCAUCAGAGUUUACUAUCAGUUACGAAAAUGAAAAGAUGACACAGAAAUUAGAUCUUGUCACAAGUGACAUGGCAGAUUAUCAUCAACCUCUCAUGAUCGGAACUGGGACAGUCAUGAGGAAAGGUUCCACUUUCAGACCAAUGGACACCGAAGCGAAUGAGCCAGGGAAGAACGCCGAGCCAGAAAACCACUACGCCUGUCCUCACCCGGCCAGCCGCCACGAGUACGCGCUGCCUCUGACGAGUCAGGAACCGGAAUAUGCCACUCCGAUUAUCGAACGUCACUUAACCAGGGAGAAAGCCUUCCCGGAAGGGGGCUAUAACGUGCCUGGCGUGGCCCCGCCUCCUAAACUUUCCCUUGCCUCCAGCAGCUUCCCCAGUUCUGGCCGAGGGGAUGCCCGACCCGGAGACCACCCACUGCCUCAGGGUCUCAAGCCAGGGGAGAGUGACUACGAUCAACCCAAAGUCCAAAGCUCCUCAGCCACGGAAGACGGCGAGGCCAACUAUCAGAAGCCUCAGACGAAUCCCUUCCUGAAUGAUGGCUAUUCGGCCCCUAGAGACUGCCUCAAGCCAAUAAGCCAGACUGCCAUGACAGCCCUUUUAUAA